AUGGGGUCAAAGUCCGAUGAAUCUUCUGAUGAAAACUGCCGGGGAAAUGCUGUUAGCCAGUAUUCUGUUAAUGAUGUGCAACCUCCUUUUAAGAGUAGAACAUGUGAUAACUUACAAAAUACUGCCAGUGAGAUAAGUAAUCCAGUCAGUGCUAAUUCAAGUCAUGAUUCAUUCUCUGAAAAUGCUCAAAGUCAAGCAGCAUUGGAUGCGUCUGAAGAUGUUGAGAUGCUUCCAAGUGAAAAUAUUGUAGAGGAUCACCUUGCUUCGAAACCAAAAUGUGUUUCUGAUCAAAGAAGCCUUCCAAAUAAGUAUGAUGAUCCAAAGGGUUUAGAAGUGCAUGAUGAUAACAUCUCAUGUAUUAUUGAGAAUAAAGAUGAAAAGACUAGUUAUAAUGCUGACAGAAAAUGUAGUGCAGGUUCAGUUAGUAGUGUUUGUCAAGAGGGAUUUGGAAAGACUGUUCAUUUUCAAACUGCCUCAGGCAGUCGUGAUGUCAGUGAUAUGAAAAAGAGCCAUAAUAACAGUGGGCAAGUGAGUUGUUAUACUCAAGAUUCUAUUCAGAAGGUGCCUCCUAGUUUAUCAACACCUUCAGAGGUUCCUUCCCUAAAAGAUAUUGAUAUUGGCACUGGCUCACAGGGCAGUGGAUUGCCUUCCUGCAACCCAAAAGUUAAAGAUUUGGAAGAGGAUUUCUCUUCUCAUCUCAAGGAAGAAUUGCCCGAGUGCUCAAUGGGGCAUAUGAAUUCAUCAUCGACAAAAGAGGCAGCACUGAAUGCUGUAUCUGGUGAGAAAUCUGCUGGAUAUGACUCUGCUGAUACUAUUGCAAAUAGUAAAACUAGUUUUAUUGGAGGCAGUUCUGUGGUUUCAAUUGAAGUUCAUACAGACUUAGAAGUAGAGACUGACAAGGAUGGUAAGGACAGGCCGACUGAAGCAUUGAAAUGUGUAGACCAAGAUGAGGAGGUCAAGAAGUGCAAUGAGUUGCCUAAGUUACCUGAUAUUGAGAAACCUUCUUUGCAAUCUCAGCUUGUGGAUGAGAGUGAUGAAUCAGACGUUGUGGAACAUGAUGUCAAAGUUUGUGAUAUCUGUGGAGAUGCAGGUCGGGAGGAUUUACUUGCUAUUUGUAGUAGAUGCAGUGAUGGUGCUGAGCACACCUAUUGCAUGCGAGAAAUGCUGGAUAAAGUUCCAGAAGGUAAUUGGAUGUGUGAAGAAUGCAGGUUUGAGAAGGAAAUUGAAAACCAGAAGCAAGUGAAAGUUGAAAUGGAGGGUACUGAGAAAAAUCAACUUUCUGGACAAGCAAAUGCUGUAAAUGCUGUAAAUGCUGAUGUACUUGUGAAGUUGGAUACAAAAGAUUCAGAUGUUGAGGGAAACAGUACCCACAAAGUUGUUUCAGGUACACAAGUCUCUGGUAAGAGACAUGCUGAGAAUACAGAAGUUGGUCCAGUGGUGAAAAGGCAGGCUGUUGAACUAAGCUCGGGAUCGCCAAAGUCAUCUAGCCCUAGCAGAAUAGCUGCAUUAUCUCGGAAUGGUUCAUUCAAGAAUUCAGAUAAGGGGAAAGUUAGGCCAGUCCAUCAAACGCCUUCUACCACACACUCCAGUGAUAUUCCGGAAACUGCACGAUCUCCAACUGCAGGUCCACGACUUACACCUCGUGGUGCUUUGUUAAAGUCUAAUUCUUUCAGCACUUCAAACACAAAACCAAAAGUGAAACCUGUAGAGGAAGUUCUUCCUGAAAAGCAGAAGAGGGUUAGGGAACCUGCUUCCCUUGAUAUGAAGGAGGGUGUUAGUAAAAUGAUGGGAAAAUCCAUGUCAUUUAAAUCCUCAGGCCGUUUAAAUGCUACUGAAUCAAAAGUAAAAAUGCUCUCCCCUAAUUUUUCUCAUGUUCAGAAUCCAAAAUGAUUAAAAUAGGCUAUAGAACGAAACUCAUUUGAUAGGAAGAAUUCGUUUAAAUCAGAACGUACAUUGGGUAGUUCAGCAAUGGCUGGUUCUAGUGUUUCUACACCAAAGCCUGAUCAAAAACCUGCAUCUCGUGGCGAAUCUGUUUCAGUUUCUUCUAUAAGCAAUAACCGUGAUUUGAAGGCUGUGCAGUCUGAUGGGAAAUUAACUUCUUCAAAGCCAACUUGCCAUCCAAGUCGUAAAGUUCCUCUGAACAAAAGCCUAACUGUGGAAGAAUCAGAAGGUAUAAUUAAAGAAGAAGUCAAAGGACCAUCUGAAUUAGUGUAUGGGUGCAACCAUCAAGGUGUUGAAGCAGUUAUUGAAGAUGAAAUUAAUGUUAUGCAGACUGCCACAGCAGGAAAAUCAGAAGAGCAACAUCAGGAAACAUCCAAAACAUUGCUUUCUAAAGAACAGGACCAUGGAAUUACAACCAUAAUUAGGUACUCAGAAGAUGGAAAGGCAAAGGAAGGUGAAAUUUCUGGAUUGGUACUUGAACUCAAUGAGAACAUACAGCAAAUUAAUCCGAUUGAACCAUCAAAAGAAGAAUGCAUUACUCUAGAUGAAGUAUCACAGUUAGAGCAUCAAGAAAAUGCGUCUGCAAUAAAAUACUCAGAUUCUCCAACAGAAAGUGACAAGGUCAUGGAGCUGUCAGAAGAGGUGCCUGAGGGAGCUGAGAAAGCUGCAGAAGAACGUGAAAACAUCAAAGAACUGAUCAUAGAGAGAGAGAGAGAGAUCAAGGAAUUUCCUGCAGUAUCCAUUGAAGAUGAAUCAGUUGACAAGGAGCAACAUUCUGAGACAGUAUCCAAUGAGAAUCCUAGCGCAACAGAUUCAGAAGUGCAAACUGAAAAAGCGAACCUAGAGGUUGAGGAAGAUUUCAGCAAAGACCCUGAAGGAUCUCCCGUUAUAAAAGCAAUGGAAGAAGAGAUGCUACAGAAACAGGGUAGUGAGAAGAAAGCGGACGUCUCCAGCUCUGUAUCUGGAAUAUCAGAAGAAAUUAAGGAGGAAGUCAUAGAAGACGCGGACACUUGCUCUAACAAUAUUGAUACUGCAUCUGAAAAAGAGGAAACAGAACAGACAAGCUUGCAGGAAGCUCAGCUGGAUGACAAGCAUAUAAAGAUCAUUGAGACUAGUUCAGAAGAUAAGACAUUGCAAACAAACACCGCAACUGAAACUAGUCCACAUGGUGAAGAAGUUGACAGAGUUAAGCUUGAAGAAACCUCUGAAGGGGUGUCUCAACUUCCAGCUAUUGCAUGUGAGAACAGAAACAAGGAGAGUGAAAUUCUGGAAAAGCCACAUGUAGAUGAAGUUGAAGCAAUUGAAGGAGCUUCUGAAACAAUAUCUGAGUCCAGAGAACAAUGUGUUGAAGAAAAUGAUGGAACACAGAAAAGCCUAAUUGUGGAAGAAUCAGAAGAACGUAUAAUUAAAGAAGAAAUCAAAGGACCAUCUGAUACAAUAUCUGAAUGCACAUAUCAAAGUUUCGAAGCAGUUAUUGAAGAUGAGAUCACUGCUGAUCAAACUAUAGAAGCAGAAAAUCCAGAAGAGCAACUUCAGGAAAUGUCUACUGCAUUAAUUUCUGAGGAACAGGAGCAUGGAAUCAGCACCAUAACUACAAAGUUGGACUAUGAGAGCACAGUGGAAGAUGAGACCCCACAAUAUGAGAAUCAAGAGGAUUCUCUUGGCACAAAGAUGACAGAAGAGAGAAGAAACCUUCAGGAGGAACAAGAGGAUAGAGGAGCUUGGUGUAUUCUUGGCAGCCACUUUCAAAAGUCCAGAAAUGUAAGAUCCAUCAGAAAAUCUCUAGCUUACUGCCCAUUUGACUUCACACACGCGACUAAGUUGCUGAAUCUUUUGACUGAGGAUUAA